AUGCCGACUCAAUCCUCCAGCACUAAUAAAGAAGCAAUACAAAAAGAAUAUAGCGAAGUGGAUUGUGCAACAACUUCCGAUACAAAUCCUUCAACAUGCGAGCUUGAAUUUUCCCAAAUUUUGGCGGUGGACUUUGGACAAUCAACAGAUAUUGGAAAUUUCAUAGCUUUCUCAUCUAUUCAAGACAAACAAAAAUAUGAUUUACUAAGAAUGCCAUAUAAGCCACCUGCAACGUAUAAUUUUAGGCAAGAUGUCGGACCAAAUAAAAGACCAUUUAUUUAUAAAUGGCUUGAUCAAUAUGAAUGGAUGGUUUAUUCCAGAGUCCUUAAAGGUGCACUGUGUAAAUACUGUGUAAUAUUUCCACCAUCUGUGACUCAUGGUAGUACUUUAGGCGCAUUUAUAAAAAGACCAUUCAUAAAAUACAAAGAUUUACACAUGCAGGCCAAAAAUCAUGCUAGUUCCGCUUGGCAUAAGGAUUCAACUAUCCGUGUCAAAAAUUUUAUUGAUGUGCUAUCAAAUGAAAAACCUGACAUAUUGUCUUUAAUAGAUGAAGGUAAGAAAAAAAGUGUUGCAGAAAAUAGAAAAAAAAUUUUACCGAUUAUAAAAACAAUCGUUUUUUGCGGAACUCACGAUAUGCCUAUACGAGAGAGCAACAAGAAUUCUGGCAAUUUUAGUGAUCUUUUGAAAUUCAGAGUAGACACUGGUGAUAAAGAUUUAGAGAACCAUUUAUUCAACGCAGCUGGUAACUCGAAAUAUACUUCUCAUAGAAUUCAAAAUGAAGUCAUUUCGAUAGCUGGGCAUAUAAUAAUGACAAAUAUUGUAGAAGAAGCAAAUUCUUCGAAGUAUUUCAGUGUAAUAGCUGAUGAGUCUGCUGAUAUAUCUGGACAUGAGCAGUUAUCUAUUGGAAUACGAUAUGUACAUGAGCAAAAUGAAGAUUUUACAGUGAAAGAAGAGUUUCUUGGAUUCGUACAAUUGAACAAAUUGAAUGCUGAUUGUAUAGCUGCUUCAAUCCUUGAGUUUUUAGAAAAAUCUGGUUUGAAUUUGGACAAACUUGUAGCACAAGGUUAUGAUGGAUGCUCAACAAUGGCUGGUGAAAUUCACGGGGUUCAAAGAUCAUAA